UCCUCGUCCUCCCUCCUCACCGUCCUCGUCCCCUCAACCUACACCACUCUCAGUUGUGGGCUCGACCGCACUCAUCUCCCGUUGCUUGCUCGAUCGCGCCCCUGCUACGAGCUACCAUUGCACCUGGCGAAGCCUCACUACCUCCCCCCUUUACCCCUCACCUCUCAUCGCUCGCGAGACUUCCGCCGCCUGAAUCAUCCACAUUACCAUCACACCAACACACACACACACACGCAACAUUGCUCACCACGACACAGGCCCCACCCACAUCACCUCCCCAUCUCAAAGCGGGCCGGCGCCAGCGCACAGGAGCCUGAGCCGAGUCCUUCCCCCCGCCUGCGCUCCCCUCUCACCCCCCUUCCCAUCUACACCCACUCCAUGAUCAUGCCUCCGCCCGACUCACACAUCUCGGCGACUUCCAUUCUGUCGCCCCCAUCCUCGGGCUUCGACGCACUGGGGAUCGUCGAUCUAACCUCAUCAAACCCCGGUGGCGCCAGUGCUAGCGGCGGCGCAUCACACCUCACAUCGCAAACCUCCUCCUCGGGCUCGGGCUCGACAUUCCACGACGACCCCCGCCGCGGUCGCGCCGCCGCGCCAUCCUUUCAGUACCGCCAGCCUAACCGAAACACCUACUCCCAGCCCUACCGCGGAGGAUACACUUCGACUGCCGAUGCCGAUCUGUCUGCAGAAGCAUUAGGGUUGCCGCCCGACACCGAGAUCUCCCGUAUCGGCGAGGGGGAGAGUUACCGCGUCCGCGCCGUCUACGACUUUGACGCAGCCGACGAGUCGGCCCUCAGCUUUCGUGCUGGCGACGUGAUAGAGGUGCUCACCCUGCUUCCCUCCGGAUGGUGGGACGGUAUGCUUGGCCAGAGCCGCGGAUGGUUUCCAAGUAACUAUGUUGAAGAUUACGACCAAGACGACGACAGCCAGUAUGGCGACUAUGUCGAGAUGGGCGCCGAUGGUAGCCUCCAUACUCCCAACGUCGAGAACGUUUCUGACGUCGUGGAAGUUGAGAACAACCCUCCUGGCGCCUUCUUAGGGACCCAUUGGUCCAUGGAUGGGACAACCUCGUUGGACGACUAUCUCGAUAUCGAGAUGAUGCCCGAUGACCGCAACGCACUACUGCACCGACGCCGCCGCACUGAUAGUCUCGCGAGCCGUGCAAGCCGGUCCAGUCGUGUGAGCCGAUCGUCGCGUGCAAGCUACCAGAGCACGGGGCGCGUUGGACCAGCAGCUGUCACUGCAGGAGCACGUCGCAGCGGAGACGACGAUCAAAGUCACGACGACCCAGACGAAACGUUACAGCAGGCAUCACAUGCACGGGGCCACCGCGACGCCUGGGUGCCGACCCUCACUGCAGAUGGACAGGUCUAUUACCAUAACACAACCACGGGCGAAGACGCGUGGUACAUCCCGGAAGGUGUCGAUGAAUUGGGCAUGUCACGGCCGCCCAGUCAGGCGAGCAGCCAGCCCCGAGACGAUCCAGGAAAUGGUCGUGUCCACCCACUCAACCACGAUUCACGAGACCUUCAUCGCCUCUCUUCCUACGACCGCGCCCCGCGUUCGGCGGCUGUUGCUCCGCCCUCGGCUGACGACUUUCGCAUUCCCGCAACACGCCAAGCACGCCUCCCAUAUCCCUGGCUUGCCCGUCUCACCGACGACGGCCGCAGUUGGUUCUACAUCAACCAGGUUACGGGCGAGAUGAGUCGCGACCCCCCACCUCAAACUCCGACCACUGCGACCACCACUGACAGCGGGCAAGAUGGGACAGCCUCGGCACGCCGUCCUAGUGUCAGCACGAUUGCUUCGACUACUCUUUCCGUCACACGCCCACCACGCCGCUCGUCGCUGCGUCACUCGCAGGUGGACUGGGAGGACCGGAUACGCACCGCGCUUGCCCCGCUCUACCAGGCCCCGCCACAGCCCAUGCUCAGCGACUACAUCGAUAAGCUGCGCAACAAUAUCAACAAUCUCUACGAGGCCGCAAUGACGGGCGCCGACGUACAGACGGAGAAGGAGGAGGCUUUGCGGGCGCACGUUGGCAUGCAGCAGGCGUUGGCAAAGGACUCUGCGGCAUGCGCCUCCCUCAACGAGUGCGAACGCUCGGUCGUGGACGCGACGCGACAACUCUUCCUUGCCCUCGGCUACGUCGGCCCAUCAAUCCCACCGCCCGGCGGCCACGACUCUGGCUUCUCCGACGACCCGCAGCGCCCGCAGUGGUGCACCGACAUGUCACUUGUGGGUGUCCUUGGUCUUAUCGCAAGCACAGUGCGCGUUGCCACGGAGGGGAGCCGAGAUGGAUCCACGACGCGCACUCCUUGGGACAAUGUCAUGCGCGCCGCCGCCAAGAUGCGUGCAACCCUUGAAGCAUUUCCGGCUAUUGUGAGCAUGGACCAGGCCGAGCGUGAGUCGACCGUGGGACGCCAGCUCUUGGCGUGGUUUGGCGCCGAGCAUGUCGGGGACUUUAUGUCGGGACGAUUCGGCUUCGGCACCCAGUUCGACCCCGAACUUCGCCCCCUGGACCAGGUUGUUGUUGUCGAGGUGCAGAAGCUCAAGGCUGAGGUUGACGCUGCGCUUCGUGCGGCAGCCGCACAAGCAGGUGGUGCAGUGUUUGACUUGAUCCGCUCCUCAUCGGUCUUCCGCGACGCUGUCGCCCGCAUCGACGUGGCCAUCGUCACCGACCUCGACGGCGACAAGGAUAGCGCAGGGGAAGAGGAACACCCCGAGGAUGCGCGGCAUUAUGCCGAGCUCGUAGCGCGCGCGCGCUCGUCUUUGCGUGACCUCGACGAUGCGUGCAUGUCGCUAGAUACCGCCGCGGCCGACAUCUUCCUCAACAUCGAAGAGCCUGGGUCGCUCCCCACGCGCGAGCUCGUUGGGCAGGCCGUGAGCACCGUCUUCCGUGCGUUGUCCUCGCUCCUCGUUGUGGCGCAGCAGCAGGCGGCGUCGGUGGAGCAGGGCGUCGUGAAGGGCUCAAUAGGCGGUCGAUCGCCGAGGAAGACGCUUAGCGCUGCACAUACCCGCGGGGCGUCCGCGACGUCAAUGGAGUCUCCUUCGCACACACGGGUACAGUCUCAGCACACACGGAAUGCGUCAGGCGGCUCGACUGAAAGCCGAGCCACGCGCAUUACUGGAGGAUCGGCAGAACAGGAGUUCCUGGACGGCGAUGACCGGCGCUCAGUUACUGACAAGGCCAACAAACGGCUAUCGCGGCAGUCGCAGCCCUCGGCUUCGGCAUCCCAGACAAGUCUCGUUAAGCCGCAGGGCCCGUCAUCGAGCAAGACAUCACUCGGCGAUCAGCCCGACUCGGAGGCGGGAAGCAUGCGCGGCUCAAACCGUUCAUCGAUCCUCAAGGCAGUACCGUCCUUCCUGCGAACAGGCCGCUCCGACUCUGUCAGCCAAGGAAAGCCGUCCAAGAAGCUUUCGCGCAUCAAGGACGACCGCUCGUCUAUGAUCUUCUCGUCUCCACCGCCCGCGGCGCCGAUGGCCGCACCACCAGCCGCUGCCAUGCGUGCCGCCCCACCAUGGUACCUCUCAUCCGACUAUCCGCCUGGCGACAUUGUGUUCGACGAAGAAAAGGGCACUGUCAAGGCCGGCACGAUCCGCGCGCUUAUCGAGCGCCUCACGCCCCACACGAGCUCCGACACGGCCUUCUUCCAGGCCUUCCUGCUUACAUACCGCUCGUUUGUAUCGACGGACGACCUCGUCGAGCUGCUCCUGGAGCGCUAUCACGUCGAGGCGCCCGCCGAUCUCACCGAGGAGCAGAUGAAGGAGUGGAAGCUGCGCAAGCAGACGCCGAUAAGGCUUCGUGUCGCUAACACUCUUAAAACGUGGCUCGAGCACCAUUACAUUGAGGAGCAGGACCGUAACGCACUCGACGUGGUCGAGGACUUUGCGACGACGACACUCAUGGCCAACGGGAGCGAGCUUUUGUCAAAACAGCUUCUUCAGCUCGUCGACCGAAGGCGACGUGGUGAGGCCACUGCCAAGAGCCGCAUUGUCAUGGGCGGGCCGGCCCCGCAGCCACCGAUCCAGCCGCGCAUUGUGCCGGGCAAGCCGUUGACGCUGCUCGACAUCCAGCCGCUCGAGCUGGCGCGGCAGCUGACCAUUCUCGAGUCCGGUCAGUUCGUCAAGAUUAGACCGCCCGAGUUCCUCAACAAGAAGUGGCAGAGGGAAGACUCUGACGUUGCGGCCCCCAAUCUCACCGCCGCGAUCACCUCGUCGAACGCGCUCUCGCUUCUUAUUCAGAAGAUCAUCGUUCAGAACAAGGAUGUCAAGCAGCGCGCGGCGGUCAUCAAGCACCUCGUGCGCACCUGCGUCGAGUGCAAGGACCUGAACAACUUCUCGUCAAUGUCGGCUGUUUGUGCCGGUCUUACGGCCAGUUCUGUGCAGCGCCUGCGCAAGUCUUGGGAGCCGCAGAGCGAGAAGACGAUGCGGGACUUUGCGAUGCUCGAGGCGCUCAUGAGCUCGACCCGCAAUUUCCAGAAGCACAAGGAGAUGCUCAAGACGAUCAACCCGCCCUGCGUUCCAUUCCUGGGCUUCUACCUCUCCAUGCUUGUUUUCAUCGAGGACGGCAACCGCGACUACGUCCCAGCACCGCUGCUCGAUGCGAACGGGAAUGUGGUGCGGACGACCAGUAUGGGUCGUACUGCGAGCAUGACGAGCGCGAUGACACGCGUAGGCUCGACCUCGUCUGGGCUGGACGGCACCAUCGGGCGCAACAGCGUUGCGCCGAGCAUGACGAGUAUUUCGACUGUCAACUCGAACGGCAUAGCCCCGAGUACGAGCAGCACGUUGGUCGCGUCAACGAGCAGCAGUAACGGCGGGGACAAGGAACGGCCGAUGCUUAUCAACUUCUUCAAGCGGGGUCUCACCGCCGAGAUCCUUCGCGAAAUCCAGCAGUACCAGGCACAGCCGUACAACCUCGCGCUCUGCAAGCCAGUCAUGGACUUCCUCGAGGAGCAACUUUCGAGUGUUACCGAGAGCGUCGACGAGCUGUAUGAGAUCUCGCUCGUCACCGAACCCAAAGAGCGGAGCCAGGUGCUGGCCGACGAGCGCGCAAUGGGCGCGAUGGCCGCUAUUGGUAUGGGGAGGACAUAGGAACUCGGGGGCCGAGCGGAGCGAGUCGCAUCUGAUCGAGGCACGCGAGGCCCCCUCAUCGUACCCGGCGGCGGCCGAGGGGGCGCUGGCGGGCGUGCUCGCGCCGAGGCCGAGGCUGUUGCGCUCGUGCAUUUUGACCCAUAGCGGAAUACGAGCUGUCAUGAUUCUUGUCGGGACUGUGGUCUGUUGUAGUGACGCACGAUGCAUGUGUUCCAC